AUGAACACACAGAGAGGGAAUCGUCCCAUGAAAUUUGAACUCCUCAAUGAGCAAAAGCAGGAGAUUAGAGAGGCUUUCAGUUUAUUUGAUAUGAAUAACGAUGGAUAUCUAGACUACCACGAAUUGAAGGUAGCAUUGAAGGCAUUAGGAUUUGAUCUUCCAAAACGAGAAGUGCUGGAGAUUAUUCACACGUAUGACACGGAUAACAAGAAACUGAUCAGUUAUGACGAUUUUUUUGGUGUUGUUGGGGACAAGAUAUCUAAGAGAGAUCCACUGGAUGAAAUCCGUCGUGCUUUCAGAUUAUUCGACGAUGAUGGGACAGGAAAAAUAAGCUUGAAGAAUCUACGAAGAGUUGCCAAGGAGUUAGGGGAAAACCUGACAGAUGAGGAACUACGAGCCAUGAUUGACGAAUUUGAUUUGGACGAAGAUGGAGAAAGUAAGUAUCUUCAACAACCAACUGAUCCCUUGAUAGCAAUAACGUAUUAA